AUGGCGAUGCUGGCGGAGCCCCGGAGAAGGCAGAAGUGGUCUGUGGAUCCACGAAAUAGUGCUUGGAGUAAAGAUGAAUCUAAAUUUGGCCAGAAGAUGCUGGAAAAGAUGGGCUGGUCCAAAGGAAAGGGUCUUGGGGCUCAGGAACAAGGAAAUACAGAACAUAUCAAGGUUCAGGUGAAAAACAACACACUGGGAUUAGGAGCAACCAUCAAUUACGAGGACAACUGGAUUGCUCAUCAGGAUGACUUCAACCAGCUUCUGGCUGAACUGAAUGAUUGCCAUGGACAGGGUGAAACAGAGCACACAAUGAAUAAUCAGAAAAAGGCAUUCAGUCUCGAAGAAAAAUCCAAAUCUUCCAAGAAACGUGUCCAUUAUAUGAAGUUUGCAAAAGGUAAGGAUCUCUCUUCGCGCAGUGAAGAUGAUCUGUCCUGCAUAUUUGGGAAGCGACAGAAGAGUAUGAAGACACAGGAGGAUAUUACCCAUCCUGAGUCUCGGGAAAAGAAGCAGGGAAGCGGCUGUCUGCCUGAGCCUGCGGACGGUUACAAUACAGUCAAGAGUGUUCUCACUGUACAGGAAUAUUUCGCCAAGCGCAUGGCAAAACUGAAGGGAUCCCAGACUGAAACAGAAAUGCAGGCAGACGAUUCCUGCCCAACGGCUGACGAAGCUUUGGAGCCUUCCGAAGAACUCAAAACCAAAGUCAAAAAGAAAAAGAAGAAGCAGAAGAGAGAUGCGGCAGAGAGUGCAGAGCAUUGCAAAAAACCAAAAGUGAAACUGCCUAAGAUAGAUAGCUUGAACGGGAAGGAACUGGAUGAGUGUCGCUCAGGGAAAAAGAAAAGGAAACAUAAAGAGCAGCACGAAGAAGAAAGUAUGAGUUGUGAUGAAAAUGUGGGCAAUGGAGAAAUUUCUACGGGAAAAUCUGAUGGGGAAGACCUCAGCAUAGAGGACUCUGAGGCAAAGCAAAAGAAACGCCAUAAGAAAAAACACAAAAGGCAAAAAGAGGAGACAGAUGAGUGUAUUGAAGGAGCGCAGAGAAAGAAAAAGAAGCGCUGCAAGCACGUUUAA